AUGACGGAAGCGCCCGAGAAUCUUUCUGCGAGCUUGCUCGGCAACCGGCUGAGCAGUCGCUCAGUUUCCACAUCCUCGAAUCGUCGUCAACCAGUUGACUCGCUCGUCAUUUCCCUUGAUGAGCUGUCGCAUCACUCCCAAGACCCCGUCGAUGCCGUGCCGAACAAUCCAGAUGAUACCGGUUCAGGAGCAUCACGUUUGAGCCGGGAAACUUUCGCCCAAUCCCAAACGGUCGCCACGGAUGAGAGGCCUGUCUCUCAAAUCAGAUGUCCGAAACGCAAGUUCGAAUUUUUCGUAUUUCUGACCGACUGUGCCGCCCUUCUCUCAACACUGGGUCUCCUUGUAUUUGGUCUCAUUGUUUGGCGUUCCGACGGAACUCAAAUCACCGAAAAAGACCGCGGAACACGGGUGAAUACGAUCAACGUACUUGCCACCGUCUUUCCCAUCUUGUUCGCCUCAGUCGUUGACAGAUUGGUUUCCGAAGCAGCUCGGUGGAAACUCGAGAAUGGCGCCACCGUACGAUCCCUCGAACAACUACUCGGCAGUAGGACGGUCGGUGCAGCUGCACUCACCCUCGUCCAGUUCCGUUCAUUCAAUAUUUUGAGCAUCAUGCUAGUCUUUUUGUGGGCAUUCUCGCCAUUGGGAACACAAUCGCUUCUUCGAAUGAAUACAUCUCGUCUCGAGCCGAGCAUGAAAUCGACGAGCCUGAUAUACUUCGAUAGUGGUGCCAGGAGCCAACUUGCAGAUUGGGGAAACUCUGAAGUGAGUGGAAGCUCUGUGGUUUACACGUAUUCCAAGUUCCGCUCACUCGCAACACUUUACACCUCUCUCGUUGCCGCUCCUCAGCAAAUCAAGGAUGACAAUAUGGACAUUUGGGGAAACGUCAAGAUACCUUUCUUCAACGGUGUAGACGAGAACUGGAAGAACAUCACCAGUGAUACUGCUCAGCACCCGUAUUCCGCCCUAGCCGGCAUUCCACUCAUGCACCUCAACGAAGAUAACGCAACUUUCUCGCUAGAGUCCGACUACAUUCACCUUGAAUGCAAGAACCUCACCAAGAUCGUAAGAAGUGUCACACCAGAAGAUAUCCGCGAAGAUUUGAUAUCAGACGAAGGUCUCAAAGAUUUUGGCACUACUUACCGCGCUGCUACCAACAGGUCCAGGCUCCUGAACGGAACAUGGCAUGGGUAUAGCCCGACCAGGUCAAGCUCGACAGCAACAACAUGGAGUCUGGCACUUGACAGAUUUAUUGACCCUAUCUGGUUUGCCAUCAGAAAGGACGAAAAUGGAAAUGAGUCGGAAAGGUACCCGGUAAUCCGGCCGGACGAGGCAAUGAGACCAAUUCUAUUUCAGGGUGAGAGCGGGAUAGAGGUCGGCAAACCCACCCUGCUCUUUCAGGCUGCUUCCGCCAGCUCCAUGCACUCUCCCGAAGGAUUCAUUAGAGCCUACUACGGAGUCACUCAGAGAUACGUCGAAUCAAGAGUCAACUGUUGA